GGAGCUGCCUUGGAACAUCCAGCGCUUUUAAAGAGCCUCCGACUGGGUCGCUCGUCGCGUGCGGCCAUGUUCAAGGAUCGGGAUGCCAGACCCAGUGCCGAUGAACUCCGCCGCCUGGCCGAGUUGGUGCGGCGCCCGCGGCGCCAGCUCAGUUCGGAGGAGAAGGAUUUGCUGUUCCGAUUUCGCUGGAGCCUGACAGACCAGCCGGGUUCCCUGACCAAGUUCCUCCACGCAGUGGACUGGUCGCACGUGGAGGAGCGGAAUCAUGCCAUCGAGCUCUUGGGACAUUGGAGUCCAGUCGACAUCGACGAUGCCCUGGAGCUCCUCAGCAAGGAUUUUCAAGGACUUCGAGAAGUUCGGCACCAUGCUGU